GUCGUUAACGUGUACGUUUUCUGUUCGCAAAUGAUCCAAUACCAAAUUACCCAUUACCAAUCUCAACUUCUACGACAGAGAGAGCGAUAAAUGAAGAAAGUUUAUCAUCCACUCCCACCACAGCAAUGGCCUCUGUUCAUCUGAGACCCCGCAAUCUCUUGCCUGCGAACCCAAAUGGAAGAUCGCUCUUUCAUCGACAGAGGCCUGCAAAACCCCAGAAGAACCUCAGAAUUCAAGCUAAGAUUAAAACCCAAGUCGCGUCUUCCAGAACUCAGAGGAUAAUGGAGGGUAUAUCUGUUUCUGGGGAAGUCGGUGGUGCUGGUGGAGCAUAUUCAUACGAUGCAUUGAAGAGGUUGGAUCAAAUUUGGUCCAGAAUUUGCUCUGGCCAAGAAGCUGAAGCCACACAAGAAGUGGUUCGUCGUGUUUCUGGUGCGUUUAGCCGUUCUGAUUUGGGAGGGAAGGCCAUUGACACAUUCGAUGUGUUGGUCUGUGGAGGUACUUUGGGAGUCUUCAUAGCCACAGCUUUAAGUUUGAAGGGUCUUCGAGUUGGGAUAGUCGAAAGAAAUGUUCUAAAAGGGAGGGAACAAGAAUGGAACAUCUCAAGGAAAGAGCUGAUGGAACUAGUUGAAGUUGGAGUUCUAGCAGAAGACGACAUUGAACAAGCUACGGCUAUGAAGUUUAAUCCUAACAGAUGUGGAUUUGAAGGGAAAGGGGAAAUCUGGGUUGAAGACAUCCUCAAUCUUGGUGUCUCACCUCAGACGCUUAUAGAGAUUGUUAAGAAACGUUUUGUUUCUCUUGGUGGAGUCAUCUACGAGGGUUGCAAUGUUUCAAGCAUUUGCAUAUAUGAUGAUAUGACUGCGAUGCAACUUUCUGAUGGGAACCUUUUAUCUUCUCAACUCACUAUCGAUGCAAUGGGGAAUUUUUCACCUGUGGUAAGACAGAUAAGACAAGGGAGGAAGCCAGAUGGUGUUUGUCUUGUUGUUGGAUCUUGUGCUCGUGGAUUCAAGGAUAACUCAACAAGUGAUGUAAUUUACAGCAAUUCAUCCUUGAACAAAGUUGGAACCUCAGAAGUUCAACUUUUCUGGGAGGCAUUUCCAGCUGGUUCAGGUCCCGUAGAUCGUACUACUUACAUGUUUACAUACAUCAAUCCUCAACCAGGAUCGCCAAAACUGGAAGAACUUUUAGAAGAAUACUGGGAUUUGAUGCCAAAAUAUCAGGGAGUCUCUCUUGAUGACUUGAAGAUACUGAGAAUUAUAUAUGGAAUUUUUCCAACUUAUCGCGACAGCCCGCUGCCUGCUGCUUUUGAUCGUGUCCUGCAGUUCGGAGAUGCUAGUGGCAUUCAGUCACCUGUUUCAUUUGGUGGCUUUGGGAGCUUAACUAGGCACCUUGGAAGGCUGUCAACUGGGAUACAUGAAGCAGUAACUGGAAACUUCCUCGACUCAAAAAGCUUAUCACUGCUGAAUCCUUACAUGCCCAAUUUAAGUAGUUCAUGGUUGUUUCAAAGAGCCAUGUCAGCAAAGCAACAAUCGAACAUUUCUCCAUAUUUUAUCAAUGAGCUUCUUCAUGUAAAUUUUCAGAGUAUGCAGAGGUUGGGGGAUCCAGUACUAAGACCCUUCCUUCAGGAUGUUGUGCAGUUCUUACCCCUAACCCAGACCCUAGCUUUAGUUAUGUUAACUAAACCUCAGCUUCUUCCAACAAUAUUUAAACAGGUUGGGAUCCCGGUGCUGCUUGACUGGUCAGGACAUUUUGGCAUGCUUGGGUACUACACGUUUCUCUCAACAUUUAUCGAUCCGAUUAUAAGGCUGUUCCUAAGUUCACUAGCACCAAAGAUGAAUUUCGAGUGGAAACGACGACUUGAGGCCUGGAAGUAUGGAGCUGGUUUAGAUUACAAGCUGUGAAGAACAAGAUUGAGAAAGAAACAGGAAGUGGUAAAGUCCUAUAGUUUCGGUCUCAGGCAUUAAAGCAACAUCGAUCUUAUAUAUAACUUCGCUAGCGAGCAGUAAAAUUCACCACUCCAUCUGUGAAGAUAGGAAUAUGGAACUCUAUUAUUUACAGAUAUACAUGAUAAACAACAGAAGGUAAAAAAAUGUACAGUUCAGUUGGGAGUCUUGGCACCCAAAGUCUUUGAGAGUUCCUUUAUGAGAGGCUUCUCCUUGAUAUCUU